AUGUCUCCAACAACAAUCGGUCCUUUAUCUCUGCGAGAUCGUCAUAUUGCGACGUUGAAACAAAUGUUAAACUUAAAUGUCCCAUUAACAAAAUCGACAAAUACAGAAUUAGCCUGGAAAAUAUUAGUAUACGAUGAAUUAGGUCAAGAUAUUAUAUCACCACUAUUAACAGUCAAAGAAUUAAGAGAUUCAGGAGUAACACUUCAUGUUCCAUUGAAAUCUGAACGAGAUCCUGUUGAUGAAAUUGCUGCCGUUUAUUUUAUUAUGCCAACAAAAGAAAAUAUUCAACGUAUAACAAAAGAUUUCCGCGAUAACUUAUAUGAUAAUUAUUAUCUGAAUUUUAUUGCUCCAAUUCCACGUGAUCUAUUAGAAGAUUUAGCUACAUCAGCAUUAGAAUUCAAUUGCCAACAUCAUAUAUCGAAAAUAUUCGAUCAAUAUUUAGAUUUUAUUACGUUGGAAGAUGAAUUGUUUUGUUUGAGACAAACAGGACGAGAUAAUGUAUCAUAUUAUGCUUUAAAUCGUGGUGAUAUGCAAGAUACAGAUAUGGAACGUUUGAUUUCAACAAUUGUUGAUAGUUUAUUUUCGGUUUGUGUUACUCUUGGAUCUGUUCCAAUUAUCCGAUGUCCAAAAGGCGAAGCAGCGGAAGUUGUUGGUGAACGUUUGGACAAGAAACUUCGUGACAGUUUACGUGAUACAAGAAAUAGUUUGUUUUCAGCUGAUUCAAUGUCAAGUGGUGCAUUAAGUUUUCAACGCCCAUUAUUAGUUAUUUUGGAUCGUAAUACAGAUUUAGCAUCGUUAUUACAUCACACUUGGACAUAUCAAGCACUUGCGCAUGAUGUUCUUGAUUUUAAAUUGAAUCGUGUUGAAAUUGAAGAAGUUGAUGAAACUAAUAGUGGAACUGCUUCAACAACAACAUCAAAAUCUAAAACCAAACGACGAAGUUAUGAUCUAAUAUCCACUGAUCAAUUUUGGAAACAACAAAAGGGAAAUCCAUUUCCAAUUGUUGCUGAAUCUAUUCAGGAAGAAUUAGAACGUUAUCGAAAUUCAGAAGAUGAAGUGAAACGAUUGAAAUCAGCAAUGGGUAUCGAAGGUGACGCACAAGAUUUAGCCAUUAGUAUGUUAAAUGACAAUACAACUAAAUUGACGAAUGCUGUGAGUUCUCUGCCAGAAUUAUUAGAGAAGAAACGUUUAUUAGAUGCACAUACAAACAUAGCUACAGCUCUACUAGACCACAUUAAAAAACGAAAAUUAGAUGUAUUUUUUGAAACAGAAGAAAAACUAAUGACAAAACAAGUACAAGAAAAAUCAUUAAUGGAAGUGUUGAGUGAUCCAACAUGUGGUACUUCUGAAGAUAAAUUACGUUUAUUUUUAAUCCAAUAUAUUUGUUCACCGAUGAUGACUCAGAGUGAAUUAGAUCAGUAUAUUACUGUGUUGAAAGGAUCAAAUUGUAACAUAGAUCCUGUUUUAUAUAUUAAAAGAUGGAAAUCGAUUAGUAAAAUGAGUGUCGUUUCACAAGCAAGAGAAGGUGGUACAACAACAAUGGGAAUGUUUUCAAAUCUAAUGAAUAAAGCAUCUAAGUUUGCCAUGGAAGGUGUCAAAAAUCUUGUCGUUAAACAACAUAAAUUACCAAUAACAAAAAUUGUCGAUAAUCUAAUGGAAAGUCGUUCAUCACCAGAAACAGAUGAUUAUAGAUAUUUUGAUCCUAAACUAUUGAGAGCAACAGACAGUGCCAAUACUGCCCGUAAUCGGCAAGCUUUUAACGACUCGAUUGUAUUUGUUAUUGCUGGAGGAAAUUAUAUUGAAUAUCAAAAUUUACAAGAUUAUGCUAAAGCUCGUUCGACGAUAUCGUCAAAACGAAUUGUCUAUGGUUGUACAGAAUUAGUGAAUGCCACACAAUUUGUCGAACAGCUUUCUAAAUUGGGUCGAGAUUUAAGCUAA